AUGCAUCGCUUUUUCAGAGCUGGAGCCAUCAUAACCGUCACUGAGCAAAACCUGGCAGACCGAGUUCGGUACUCGAACAACUACGACAUGAAAGCCGUUCCCUUAUCGGAUGAAAUUGCUACGGUUAGAAAUGCAGUGCCACUAAUAGCAGAGCAACCUACAUACGUGGUUGCUGCCGUGAAUAUUCCAGUUGUGGUUGAUUCAGACGAUGAUUGA